CAGACGCCCGCCCCCGGAGUUGCAAACACAAACUCCCGGGAGACCCCUGGCACUGCCUGCUAUUAGCCCCUCCAGGAACCCGCAGUACUUCUCCUUCCGAACACUACACCAUGGCCACAGAUCUUCCCUACGCAGCAGACGCGCAAGUCUCUCUCUCGUACGACGAGCUAGAGGUGCUCAGAUCGCAAUACCAGAAGGAACUCGCUCAGUCCCACGUCACCGUACAGACUAAGUUCAACUAUGCAUGGGGUCUGGUAAAGAGCCCCGUUCACGACCACCAAGUGGAGGGUGUGCGGUUGUUACAGGACAUCUACAGGACAGAGGCGGGACGACGCCGAGAAUGUUUGUACUACAUCGCACUUGGGUACUACAAGAUGGGGAACUAUGAGGAUGCGAAGAGUUUCAAUGAUCUAUUAUUGGGGAAAGAGCCCCAAAAUCUCCAAGCCCAGAGUCUCUCUGCUCUGAUUGACCAGGCUGUUACCAGAGAGGGAUACGUGGGCAUGGCUCUCACAGGGGGGGUCGUGGCACUGGGGACGCUUCUCCUAGCGGGCAUUAUACGGCGAUCUCCUUGAUAUGUUUUU